AUGUCAAGUCUUUCAAAGAUAUUACUUCCUUCGACAUUUACACCUAAUGAAAAUCAAAACAACGAAAUCCUAAAAAAACAUACUACCAUCAAAGGUCCUCGUCCGUAUCAAUGUAUGACCUGUAGCAUGAGUUUUAACAGAUUAGAACAUCUUAACAGGCAUACUAGAACGCAUACUGGCGAGAAACCUCAUCAUUGCACAUUCGCUGGUUGUGAAAAGAAAUUUUCAAGAUCAGAUGAACUCACAAGACAUCGUCGAGUUCAUGAUAACACAUCCAGAAGAAGAGAUCGCAAUAGAAGAAUGGUAUCCGUGUCGUUUCGAAAUACCACUACAUAUCAUAUAAAUCAAGUACAUGAAGGGAUGCCCACCACCUCUCGCACGAUCAGAUAUAUUUUUACCGAAACUACCACUCAUUCUUCCCCUAAUUCUUGGACAAAAUCAUUCGACUGUCCAACUAAUGGGUGUACAAAAUCCUUUACUCGCUAUGGGCAUCUUUCGAGGCACAUUCAAUCUUGUGAAUUGAAACGCCUUCGUAAAGAAUCUGUUGGCAAAAAGAAGGUUAAUCCACCAAGCCCACCCGCUUCUCUUCGUAGCGGUGGUUCUUCUGAUACCGAUAUUUCUCCAAUAUUGAGCCCAUUGAGACCGAUACACGAACCCCUUAACUGUAUUAACCAUUACGAUAGACCUUCGCCAAUAGAACCUUCGUGGACCCACCCAAAUGUAUCACUGAUUUCACAACGAACUCCAAGUCUUAGUGAAAUUUUUCAUUCACCAUUGGAAGCUGCCAAUCGUCGUAAUUUACCACUACCAGUUAACUGGUAUCCGACAAAUCAUUUCGUACAAUCAUCUUUCAUUUUUCCCCCUCCCUGA